AUGCGUUCGUCUUCCCUGCAACUGCUCGUCUGGCUAGCGGCCACAGCAGCCACCUCGGCCGGUUCAUGCAGCAAUGGAUACGUACCAUGCUAUCCAAAGGGUGCAGAGCCGGGAAACCCCCCUGACAUCGGCCCUGAAAUGGUGGAUUUCUAUGUAGACCUGCUCAGCUCUGUUAAGGGCCAUGGACAUGGCCGCGAGAAGCGAUCGCUCAACAAGAACCAUGGUGUCAUUGCGCGAAGAGGCGAGGAGGGGGAGCUCUGCUGCAAUGGACCAGGCUCGGGGAUACAAUGCCUGUUGCUGGACGGAGGGAAGCUCCCAUUCUGCUGGGAUCCAUUCACCACCAACUUCUUCUUCAGAGAUGGAUCCCAUGGCAAUUUGGCGUCGGGUGACUAUCAGGCGAGCAGCGGUGACAAGGUCAACCUGAUCCAUGGCAACUAUACAAAGCCUGAUGGUGCGGAAAAGAACAUCUACGGCUCGAAGGAAUCUGCUCCAGUCCUCGGCAACCUCCCAGUCCCUACGCCGUUCACCGGUUCUGGAGUUGGCAAACCGAUUCCAGGAGAUAAGUUGGGCAACGUAGCAACUCCUGGGACAACUGCUCCAACUGCUCCGCCGACCUCAACCACUAAAUCUCCAUCCGGAGCCAAGCCGACCGCACCAGCAUCUUCCGGUAGUCAAAAGAUGGAGUUGGGAUUCUCCCUGGUUGCAUUAAUGGCUAUGCUAGCCUGUGCUCUUUUGUUAUGA